AUCCAACACUGUACACAGUUAGGAAAAUCUUGUAAACAAAAUAAAGUAAUAUAUACAAUUCAACUAUAGACAUACACACGUGACUUUAUUGAAAAUGGCCACAGAAGAUGAGCCCGACCCACUGGCACUAGCUUAUAGGGAAACAGCUUCGGUGCGCGCGAAGUCAUUGUCAAAAUUGUAUUCUAGGGAUAGUACGGCUGGACGUCGAACAACCAACGUCAAUGUGCCAAAUAUGGAUCGAAGCGCGUCGCUGAAUCGAUUCAAAGGCCGCCACGAGCAGGAUGGCGAACGACCCAAUUUUGCCAAGGGAUCUCUUUUACGUUUGUCAGACCAUGAGCUCAGGCAGUAUCAUAAUGAUGCCGCCGAUAUGCGCAGUCGUGAGCCCAGCUUUACUAAAUUCAUGAUACCCUAUGAGAUGAUAUGCGCCAAACGGUAUCAGGAUUCAAUCAAGGCUUACGAGGCACAACUGGUGCAUGAAAUCAAGCAAAAUGUUAACUUCCAAGGAACUGCAGCCGAUGCCUGUUAUUUUAUGCGAUGCAUAUCGUAUACGACAUUUUGGCCACCAUUGCAUAAUAUGACUGAGGUGAACCGCACGAGCAAGAAUUUCUUUAAGCUUACCGAAAAGGAGAGAUGGCGCCUGCAGAAUAUAAUGGAUACCGAUAUUACAUAAAUGUUAAGCCAUUUUGUAUUUUUUUAAGUGCAAGUAUCAAUAAAGAAUGUGCCAUA